UGGAGUCAGCUGGCAUGAAUGUGAAGGAAGUUGUAGGAGGACAUGUCACUGUGGGCUGCUCGUUCACUUUGGCAGGGAACAACAACAAAUACUUAUGCAAGGGGACAUGUUCUGGUAGAGACAUUCUGGUUGGAACUAAGGGGAGCAAGACUGCAACUCAAGGUAGAUACAGUAUAGAAGACAAGGGAGAUGUAUUCUAUGUGGCCAUCAAGAACCUGAUGAAGUCAGACUCAGGGACCUACUGGUGUGGAGUGGAGAGAUAUGGCCCAGACACAUUCCAAGAGGUGCAUCUCACAGUUACAGAUGCUCCUCCCACUUCUACACCGUCACCUGUCACCUCCAGAUCCCAUGUCUCCACAACACUCCCAAACCUCUCUACAACAUCCGCUAACCUCUCCACAACGUUUCUGGCAUCUGGAGAUAUCAGUGGUCCCUCUUCAUCAAGAGCAGGUCUGAUGGUGUGGACCAGUGCUGGUCUGGUAGUCAUGGUGACAGUGUUAGGACUGGUCCUGCUCCUGUUCUACAGACAGAGGAGAGGAACCAGGAGAACAUCACCACCACCACCAGUCUCCUCCAACACACAACCUGACCCUACUGGAGAGGUUGACUGUGUGUAUGAGGAGGUCAGAGAGGCAGACAGACAGACAGACACACUCCCUUUGGUCAUCUCUUCAGUCUACUCUACUGUCAACUCACCUACAACCUACCCUGCUGACCAAGCCUCUACAACCUACCCUGCUGACCAAGCCUCUACAACCUACCCUGCUGACCAAGCCUCUACAACCUACCCUGCUGACCAAGCCUCUACAACCUACCCUGCUGACCAAGCCUCUACAACCUACCCUGCUGACCAAGCCUCUACAACCUACCCUGCUGACCAAGCCUCUACAACCUACCCUGCUGACCAAGCCUCUACAACCUACCCUGCUGACCAAGACUCUACAACCUACCCUGCUGUCCGUGGCACUGGUGUUCCACACUGUGACAUGUAUUCUAACGCUUGCUGCCACAAAGAUGAUAUAAAUCCAAGCUAUUCUACUGCAGAUCACCCAGCUUCUCUCAUCUACUCCAAUGUGGAUCUACCUACAGAUUCUAGAGUCUCUUCAAGUCCUCCAACAGCCAGUGGAACCCAGGAUGAUUCCAUCUACUCUACAGCCCAGCUACCCAAAGAUACUGUAGAAUCUACAAGAUACCCUGCUGUACACCUCUCUAAAGACACUCCAGAAGACGCCAUCUACUCUACAGCUCAGCUACCCAAAGAUACUGUAGAAUCUACAAGAUACCCUGCUGUGCACCUCUCUAAAGACACUCCAGAAGAUGCCCUCUACUCUACAGCCCAGCUACCCAAAGAUACUGUAGAAUCUACAAGAUACCCUGCUGUGCACCUCUCUAAAGACACUCCAGAAGAUGCCAUCUACUCUACAGCCCAGCUACCCAAAGAUACUGUAGAAUCUACAAGAUACCCUGCUGUGCACCUCUCUAAAGACACUCCAGAAGACGCCAUCUACUCUACAGCCCAGCUACCCAAAAUAAUAUAGUACUAUAGAAUAUAUACAAGGAAUGUGUCCCAAAUCACACCCUAUUACCUUUCCCCCAUAUGGACCCUGGUCAAAGGCAGUGCUCUAUAGAGAACAAGGUGCCAUCAGGGAUGAAGAGAAGCUCCCUGUAGAGAGAUGAAGGGUUGUCACCACAGAGCCGCCAUCUUGGAACGACAUUUAAAAACAAUCCUUUUCUGUUUCAAAUCCUCCUUGACACAUUGUAUUAAAACAGCUCAUGCGAUUUUAUUGAAUAUAAUGUAUGUAAAAUAUGAACACCUGGCUUCAAAAUCACUUUUAUCUCUUUAAAAUAAAUCUGUAUCUCCAGAUUUUGUCAAGCAACAUUUUUACAAAUAUUUGUGUAAAUAUGUGUUGUCAUAGCAUAUUGGCUUCAUUU